AUGUUUUAUGUUGACAAAAUAUUACUCUCAAUAUUUUCUCCAGAUGGUUUACAUUAUCAAAUGGCAUCACUUGGGUUCUCAGAGUUACUCUCUGGUAUUGGAGUUAAAGGAGUGAACUCUAGAGACCUGUCUACUGCAAUGAAAAAGUGCGAUAAUACGGUCAGGGAUUCGUUUGCACCCAAAGACAUAUCUGAACAAUUCGCCAAAAUGCGAGUUAUUCGUAAUCAUGUUAUGCAUGCCAAAUGCAAUCCUCAAGAACACAACUCACGUGCAUUUCUAUUGUGUCUGAAGAAAAUCAUAGACUGGGCAGUAAACUCUGGUAACUCUGUCAGUUUGUUGAAUAACUUGUACAUUUCAUUAGAUCUGAUUAUCAAAGCUGACGAUAUUGCCAAUGAGACUUGGCAAAAAGGAACAUACAAUCAAUCUCACCAAUCAAACUUGGACAACACUGGUUCGUCCACAAAAUCAAAUGUAGAUUUAAAAAACAAACUCAAAUCUACUACUAAAGCUGAAACAUCUGAUGCUCAACAACAACAACAAUUCGACCAUCAACAAAGACAACAACAACAACAACAACAACAACAACAACAACAAUUCCGCCAUCAACAACAACAAUUCGAUAAUGUCAACUCAUCUGUGUCACCAUCACCACCCAUAACAACUCAAUCAAAAGCAGAUAACUCACACUUUGUAACUUCUUCAUUUUCUUACCCCCAAACUUUGCAGUCACAAACCUAUGCAUCGACGUCACAACAAACUAGUUUAAGUGAUCAACAUCAAUUAAAAUCAAUUGGAUCCCUCAGAAAUACUCUCAGAAAAGGUAUGGUAGUUAAAUUAGAAUCUGCAGCAUGGUGUAGUCCAAAUCCUGCUUUAUAUAUUUUAGUUUAUUUUUGGUCAUAUUAA